UGAUUUUGUUUAUAUGAGGUGAAUUGGUGAGCUGGAAUUGUGAUAGUUGGAAGUUUUCGGCGAGACAUGAACUAAAAAUAAUAUUUUGGCGGUGUCAGUUAAGCGUUGUUCAGUACAUGUGCAAGUUUACUUAGAUUUCCAAUAUUGUGUUGUGUAUGAUUUCCACAAUGUCUAAUCAGUGCCUGAGUUGGUUCCUUCUUUUCGUGGUUUCAUCCACCGCCGUUCUUGCCAUUCCAAAGCCAGAUGAGAAGAGACCACCCGAACACGACAGUGCAAAUGUGCGCCACUAUGACGACGACCAUCACAACGUGCAAUACGAUCAUGAAGCGUUUUUGGGGGAGGACGAGUCCAAGACAUUUGAUCAGUUACCGCCUGAAGAAAGUCGAAGGCGUUUGGGUGUAAUUGUUGAUAAAAUUGACACAGAUAAAGAUGGUUUUGUCGAUAUGAGUGAGCUAAAAGCCUGGAUUCAGUUCACACAACGCCGGUACAUCGAUGAUGAUGUGAAUCGCCAGUGGCGUCAGCACAACCCAAACAAUAGUGACACAAUAAACUGGGAGACCUACCGAAAAGCUGUAUACGGUUUCAUGGAUGAGAUGGAUCCAAGCGACUUGGAAAAGGAAGACCACGGAUUCUCAUAUAAAUCAAUGUUGACCCGCGAUCGACGUCGGUGGAGCGUGGCUGACAAGAAUGGAGAUGAUAAUUUGAGUAAAGAAGAAUUCGCUGCCUUUUUACAUCCAGAAGAAAUGCCGCAAAUGCGAGAUGUUGUGCUUUCUGAAACUAUCGAAGACAUCGACAAAGAUAAUGAUGGAAAGGUGUCAGUCAAUGAAUACAUUGGUGACAUGUACAGAAGUAGCGACCCAGAAGAUGAAGAGCCUGAAUGGGUGAAGAAUGAACGCGGUGUAUUUGCACAAUAUCGAGAUAAAGACGGCGACGGAUACCUGGACCGGGAUGAAGUCAGUGAAUGGAUUCAUCCAAAAGACUUUGACCAUGCUGAAGCAGAAGCAAGGCAUUUGAUCUACGAAGCUGACUCUAAUUCCGACGAGAAACUCACCAAAGAAGAAAUUCUAGAUAAGUACGAUCUGUUCGUUGGAUCCCAAGCUACUGACUUUGGGGAAGCUUUGACACGACAUGAUGAGUUUUAACGUUAAAGUUUAAGAGGGAAACCUAAAACCAGUUUCUUAUGACAUAAAUCUACUAAUAUAAAUUGAUAAUAUGUUUUUUAAGAAUCUCAUUGUAAUUUCUCACUGUUCUUUUAAGCAUGUUCAAAUGUGUUCCUCCUUUUCACUUCAAAACAACGUUUUAUUAAAAAACACUAGAACUACUUAGAUACACAUAAGCAAAUUCAUUAAAAAUGUUUUAUAAAUACUCAAAUUCAUGAAUGUACUUGCUUUAUUCGCAAAAAAAGAGUUAUCUUGUAUUAUAAUGUGCCAAAGCUAUGAACAAAUUUUGUUUUUGUAUUUUUUCUACUAAAACAUGACUUAUAAUAAGAUUAGCAAA